AACAAGAAGAAGAAGCGCGCCAUCGUCCCGGAAGUGAUAUGAUCGGGAGUCCUCGGCAGGCUAACCGAUGUUAGCAGAGCUUCAACAUGGGCAGCCGAGGAGCUGAGAGACACAGAGAGGAGGAGGAGGAAGAGCAGGAGGACUUCUACGACUGUCAGGAGACUCUGGAGCCUCCAGGCAGAAGAGCUGAGGAGGAGGAGGCGCUGGGCGAAAGGCUGCAGGAGGAGCUGCUGAGUGACAGGCUGCAGGAGGAGACCCUGGGUGACAGGUUGCAGGAGGAGACGCUGGGCGACAGGUUGCAGGAGGAGAUGCUAGGCGACAGGCUGCAGGAGGAGACGCUGGGCGACAGGCUGCAGAAGGAGCUGCUGAGUGACAGGCUGCAGGAGGAGACGCUGGGCGAAAGACUGCAGGAGGAGCUACUGAGUGACAGGCUGCAGGAGGCGACACUGGGCGAAAGGCUGCAGGAGGAGCUCCUGAGUGACAGGCUGCAGGAGGAGCUGCUGGGCGAAAGGCUGCAGGAGGAGCUGCUGGGCGAAAGGCUGCAGGAGGAGCUACUGAGUGACAGGCUGCAGGAGGAGCUGCUGGGCGACAGGCCGCAGGAGGACCUGCUGGGAGACAGGCUGCAGGAGGAGACGCUGGGCGACAAGCUGCAGGAAGAGACGCUGGGCGACAGGCUGCAGGAGGAGACGCUGGGCGACAGGCUGCAGGAGGAGACGCUGGGCGACAGGCUGCAGGAGGACUCAGAUUCAGAGAUGAAGGAGGAGAUCAGUCGGGAGGUGGAGUUUGACGAGGACUACCUGAGGGAGGUGGAGAAGGAGCUGACAGAGGAGGAGAAGGAGAGUCGACGGCAGCAGAGUUUAACUCUGAAGGAAAAAGGAAACAGUCAGUUUAAAGCUGGAGAGUGGCGGGAGGCGGAGCGCAGCUACACGGAGGCGUUGGUUUUAUGUCCAGUUUGUUUCAGCAAAGAGAGAUCGGUGCUGUUUUCCAACAGAGCUGCUGCAAGGCUGCAUCUGGAUCUGAAGGAUCAGGCGAUCUCAGACUGCACCUCAGCAAUCAAGCUGAAUCCAGAAUAUGUGCGGGCGUUGCUGAGGAGGGCAGAGCUUUACGAGCAGACAGAGAAGCUGGACGAGGCUCUGGAGGACUACAAGAAGGUCCUGGACCUGGACCCAACCCAGACCAGUGCCAGACAGGCCUGCAUGAGGUUGCCUCAGCAGAUUCAGGAGAGAAAUGAGAAGCUGAAGGAGGAAAUGAUCAGUAAACUGAAGGACCUGGGGAACAUGGUCCUGAGGCCGUUCGGACUUUCCACCAACAACUUCCAGGUGAACCAGGAUGCCGACACCGGCUCCUACUCCAUCAACUUCGUCCAGAACCCAAACAACAACAGAUGACAUCACAAGCAGCAGUGAUGACAUCACAGCAUCAUGUCACAUGACCCUGCCUGUGUGUGUUCAGAGGAAAAUAAAACCUGAUUCAUUUGUUUCCUGUUUGCGUCGGCUGUCUCUGGGUUUAACUCUGGUAUCCGUGGUAGCCAGUGCUGCAGGUUAGCAGUCCGACUGCUGACCAAUCAGAUCACUGGAAACACAGUGACAUCACACCCUGACAGGGACAGCAGAUGUGUUGUACUGAGGCUGUUUAAAUAAAGUUUUAUUGUUUAAACUCUGA